AUGCCCAAGAAGCGAGUCUUCAACUUCAAGCAAGUCGAAGGCCAGUCAUCCUCCGGUUCCGCCGCCGGUUCACGCCAAGAUGGCGGAGCGGGCAGUGAGUCAACUGCAACCGUCAACGAACGAUUGAGUGCGCUGCGCAAUGUCGAGACACCAGAAGGUCUACAAAAGAAGCGAGAGCUUGCUGCUUCUGUCAAUCAGCCAUCUGUACCACCAGAACUGAGAAGCAUUCUCGGCGUACCGGAAAGUGCGCCACCCAAGCCGAAGAUCGGUGCUCGACUACGCGAAAGGAUGAGGACUCCUGGACCUGCGGCGCCAAAAAGCUGGUUGGCCACCAGAAGUCCUUGGGAGCCUACCUUGUCCGUUCGAAGAGGUCAAGGAGCGAAAGGCAAAUUGAAUCCAGUGAAGGACGUCGAGCGGCAGCGGCCAAAGCAGUUCAUGCGAUUCGAUCGACUACUAUCCCUCAAUGGUCCCGCAAUCGAUGAACGACCACCAAGGUUGCUGCAUCUUGCCUUGCAACGGCUUGCUGAGCAAUGGGAGAUGUUCGAUAGCGAGGAUUAUGUCGCGCUUGCUGAACUGUCAUUACAACUACGUCUUCGAUUACUAUCAUACCUAGCGUACUUCGGUCCUCCUAUCGAUGUUAAUGCGCUUGAUGCGCUGACUCACGGAGAUGCGAUGAUCGAACGACUCGAUCUCGGGGGUCUGGCUGGACACGGUCCGCUAACAAUCAAGCGGAUCGCGAGACUGUUGGAACAUGACCGGAUCGCUGCAAUGACAGAUCAAAGUAACGAGGUUGCCGAGUCAUGGGAGGCUGAAGAUGGCUCAGCACCUGCCAUUGGAGCAACUAUCAGCUUGCCACGUGUUGCUGGCUUGACACAUCUCUGCCUCUCUCAUCCACCGCCAACGGCUUCAUGGCGGGAUUUGCUGUCAUUAGCAAAGCAUGCUCCACAGAUCACCCAUCUCUCACUUGCUUACUGGCCCCGACCAACAUUGACACCAAAUCUGACAGCAGCGACUAUCUCGACUAAACAUGCUCCAGAUAUCCAGGCUGGCGGCUCGCAUCACUACUCAAUGAUUGACAAAGACCUCAACGAACCUGCAGCCAUUCUGCGCCAACUAAGUGCAAGCCUAUUGAGGGUUCAGUGGCUGGACCUCGAAGGCUGUGCUGAAUGGGUACCGGCACUGGCUGUACUAUGUCGUGCUGAUCCUCUACUGGACGUUAGUGGCAGCAACAGCGCCGACUCCGAUGCAUGGUCCAGGACGCCUCCUGUGCUCACCAUCUUUUCGUCCACUUGGAGUAACUUGACGUAUAUCCGCUGCUUCCAGGGCUGGUUGCCCUCAUACAUCGGGCUCAGCAAGUACCAGCCAGGGCACUCGCACUGCAAUGCUCGCAGCGCUUGA